ACCGCCUUGUACCGACGCUAUGUUGUUCCUAGCAUUGCUCUUCGGCCUUGCUGCUGGCCAAGAUGCCACCACCAGCGGCCAAUGGCUCAUCACCCUCAAUACUACCAUAUUCUGGCCUACAUCCACGGACUACUUCUACGGACCUACAACCGGCCCGGAUGCCUCCGUCGUCUCCUGCAACGCAGCCUGGAUAGAAUGGUCCAGACGCUCUACGGAGCUUCGGUCCCUAGGCCCCACCGCCACCAUCGAGUCCACCGGAUCCUACGCAACCAGCACCGGCGCAUGCCGCACUUCAGUCACUCAGGAAGCAUGGUCGAACUCCCACAACGGUCCUCUUACCACCCUUUGCGACGGUAUCCCGCGUGCGCUCGGACCUCUGGAAACAGCAACGGAGUACUACCCUGACAGCAACGGCCUCUGCUCCGAGGGCUACAAGAUCUAUACCGAAACCGAAACCCUGUACCGCAACCCGCCCGACCCAACCCCAGCCUGCACUCUCCAGACGAGCGAGUGCAUUCCGAUCUGGUCCACCUAUUCCAGCCUGGAAAGCUCCUAUGAUAAUUCAGUCACCACCUCCGCUCCCGGCGACACCCGAAGCCCUAUCCCACCCUACGACUGCCCCUCCACGGCGCGCUCGUACCCCGAAAAAAACCCUUGCUCGGCCUGCCACAUCCUCCCGGGCACAGCGACACUCUUCUACUGGCCCGUGACCACCGCCGACGGCGAUCUCUGUCUGCAGAACGGAACCACCGUCCCUCCCUCGGGGCCCAGCACCGCCAUCGUCAACGGCGAAACCUUCAUCUCCCCGACCGUCUACCUCUCCUUCACCUCCAUCUACGCCUGGAGCAACCGCCGUGGCCACCCGGGCUCUCAAUGCGGCGUCUCCCACACCAACGAGAUCCUCUCCCUCAACCCCUCCACCCUCUCCUCCGUCCGCCACCACCGCAACGCAAAAUACCCCACCGUCGGCACAGCCUACCCCUUCAACUUCGCCGAGUUCAUGCCCCACGACCUCGGCAACAACGGCACUCAAUCGCUGAUCCCCUGGCCGCAGUACCGCGGCGGCCAACAAUGCCCGCUCUACGAUCCGUCCUGCACCAUCAUCCGCGACGACUACAUGCCUUGGGUUCUACUGCCCGAGGAAGUCCGACAGAUCGACCCCGGUUGGUCUGUCUGUGAUGAGAGCUGGUACAUCCCGCCUGUGACUAUGGUGCCCUUGGAUAGGGAGGUGAUUACCGUGACCGCGACGCCAACGCCCGACGCGGAGGCUGAGGCCGUCUUUCGUGUUGCUGCUGCUGCUGCUGUGCCGAAAGAGGGGUCGCCCACUGCGACGCCGGUGCCGACAGAGCUGGGGUGGUGAGUCGCUCGGAUUGUGUUUUUGGUGCGCGGGCUGCUUCUGUGGAUAUGUGUUGCGCUUGCAUGUCUGUUCUUACGAAUAUACGGUAGUAAUUUUGCAAAUAUUGCGAUGGGGCAUCGCAAGCCAGUGCUAUGGCUGAAGAUGUGGCACAGGUAGUAAUGAGCAUGAAUUAUGAAAACUGAAGUGAUGCCAUUCUGGUGUUUAAUAUCUGAUUAUUUACCUAUUAUCACCGGGG